AAAAUUAUAGAAAAUGAGUUUAAGUAUACUUAUUGCUAUUGCCUUAUUCAUUGGAGUUUUCACAUAUUAUCUAUGGAUUUGGUCGUUUUGGAUGAGAAAAGGGAUCAAAGGGCCUAGAGGUCUGCCAUUUUUUGGAAUAAUUAAUGCUUUUCAAAGUUACGAAAAACCGUGGAUAUUACGGCUCGGAGACUGGACAAAGGAAUAUGGACCAAUGUAUGGGUUUACUGACGGAGUUGAGAAGACACUAGUGGUAUCUGAUCCAGAAUUUGUCCAUGAAGUUUUCGUGAAACAAUUUGAUAACUUUUAUGCUAGAAAGCAAAAUCCACUUCAAGGAGAUCCGGAUAAAGAUCCACGAAUCCAUCUUGUAACAUCACAGGGACACCGUUGGAAGCGUCUUAGGACAUUGGCAUCUCCAACUUUUUCGAAUAAAAGUUUGAGGAAAAUUUUUAGUACUGUCGAGGAAAGUGUUGCUGAGAUGAUGAGGCAUUUGGAAAAGGGAACCGCUGGAGGAAAAACUAUUGAUAUUUUAGAAUAUUACCAAGAAUUCACAAUGGACAUUAUUGGGAAAAUCGCAAUGGGGCAAUCUGGAUCCAUGAUGUUUGAAAAUCCAUGGCUAGACAAAAUUAGGGCGAUUUUCAAUACUCGAGGCAAUAUAAUCUUUAUAAUUUGUGGAAUCGUUCCUUUUACUGGAUCAAUUUUCCGAUGGUUCUUCUCAAAAGUUCCAACAGCUCAAACUGUCACUUCUCUAAUGCACACUUUGGAAAUUGCAUUGACGAAACGAGUAGAGCAAAGGGCAGCUGAUGAAAAAGCUGGAAUUGAGUCAUCUGGAGAACCCCAAGAUUUCAUUGAUCUAUUUCUGGAUGUUCAGGCCGAUACGGACUUUUUAGAAGAUGAAACAAAAAAUGGAUUUGCUAGAAGCCAAAUCGUAAAAGUGGAUAAACAUCUAACAUUUGAUGAGAUCAUUGGCCAACUGUUUGUUUUCUUGUUAGCUGGAUAUGAUACAACUGCCCUUUCCCUCUCAUAUUCCUCAUAUCUCCUGGCAAGACAUCCAGAGAUUCAGAAGAAAUUACAAGAAGAAGUGGAUAGAGAAUGUCCAGACCCUGAAGUCACUUUUGAUCAGCUGUCGAAAUUAAAGUACAUGGAAUGUGUGAUCAAAGAAACUUUGAGAUUGUACCCAUUAGCUUCAAUAGUUCACAAUCGGAAAUGCAUGAAAUCAACUACAGUACUCGGAAUGAAAAUCGAAGAAGGAACAAAUGUUCAAGCAGAUACAUGGACUCUACACUAUGAUCCAAAAUUUUGGGGUGAAAAUGCAAAUGAGUUCAAGCCUGAAAGAUGGGAAUCUGGAGACGAACAAGCUGUUGCAAAGGGAGCUUACCUUCCUUUCGGACUUGGACCCCGAAUUUGCAUUGGAAUGCGUUUGGCCUAUAUGGAAGAAAAGAUGCUUCUGGCACAAAUUCUGAAGAAAUAUUCUCUGGAAACAACUUUUGAAACCCAUAUUCCAUUGAAACUGGUUGGAAUCGCCACAACUGCGCCAACAAAUGUUCACCUAAAAUUGAAGCCCAGACAUUCCGAUUAACUUGGCUUUAUCAUUUCUUUUUGCCAAUUCUUCCCCCCAUUUUGUGUCUUGUUCUUGACACAGUUUGUGUUCUGUUUGAUAAAAAUGUGAUGAAUUGAGAA